UAUCUUAACUGUAGUCGCGUCUCUCCACCGCGCGCCCACACCCAACCUGCACUGCCUGCCUGAAGAGACGGCGCAGCCCCUGCUGCGGCAGAGUCUGUGUGUGUGUGUGUGUGUGAGAGAGAGAGACACAUUGGUGUGUGUGUGCACGGGACAAUUGUCUCCAUAGUGCGGUUGUUCUUUGCGAGUCUCUGCGGCUUCAGCAGCCGCGGUCAGCCGGGCUCUCUGCGGCAGUCACCCCGCGUAAACACCUCAUCCACCUCAGGGUUGUGAGCUCUGCAGCUGGUAGCAUCCUCCUCCUCCUCCUCCUCCUCCUUCAUGUACUGUCAGUGUGGAUAGUGGCAUAUUUACUGUGAAGCAUCAGAGCAGAGAAGACGUCUGACUGGAACCAUGAGCAGCACUGUGUUUCAGCAGCAGGCUGUCCACAGCCCUCUGGAGCAGCAGCAGAAGAAGAAGCAGGGCGGCGGCGGCGGUGGAGGACCGAUCCCCUGUCAGAACUGUGGGAAGCCGUGCAAAGGCGAGGCCCUGCGGGUUCAGAACAAACACUUCCACAUCAAGUGCUUCGUAUGUAAAGUCUGUGGAUGUGAACUGGCCCAGGGAGGCUUCUUCGUGCGGCAGGGCGAGUACAUCUGUACCCUGGACUACCAGCGACUGUACGGCACUCGCUGCUUCAGCUGCCAGGACUUCAUCGAGGGGGAAGUGGUGUCCGCUCUGGGCAAGACCUACCAUCCCCGCUGCUUCGUCUGUGCCUCCUGCAAACAGCCAUUCCCGGCCGGCGACCGAGUGACAUUUAACGGGAAGGAGUGUAUCUGCCAAAAAUGUACCCAGCCGCUCCCUGCCAAUAGCCCAGCACCCAUACAGGCUGUCCACAAUUGCUGCGGCUGUGGGAAGGAGUUUAAGAACGAACAGUCUCUCGUGGCUCUGGACAAACACUGGCACCUGGGCUGCUUCAAGUGCCAUGUCUGCAACAAGGUGCUCAACGCCGAGUACAUCAGCAAGGACGGGAUCCCGUUCUGCGAGAUGGACUACCACGCCAUGUUCGGCAUCCAGUGCGAGAGCUGCAAGAAGUACAUCACCGGGAAAGUCCUGGAGGCUGGAGAGAAGCAUUACCACCCCACAUGUGCCCGCUGCGCCCGCUGUGAGCAGAUGUUUGCAGAAGGCGAAGAAAUGUACCUGCAAGGAUCUUCUAUCUGGCAUCCUCCAUGCCGACAAGCAGCCAAGCAGGAGGAGAAGAGUAAGAAGCAGGUCCGGAUACAGCUCAAUGACAACACUGAGCAGCAGGUGACCCGGACUUCAUCCGAGAGCAUCACCUCGGUCCCAGCGUCCAGCGCCUCAGGCUCUCCCAGCAGAGUCAUCUAUGCCAAACUCGGAGAGGAGAUGCUGGACUACAAGGACCUGGCUGCUCUUCCAAAGACCAAGGCCAUCUACAACAUCGAGAGGCCUGACAUGUUGUCCUACUCUCCAUAUGUCAGCUAUCCAUCCGAGGAGAGGCAUUACGGAGAGUCCCCCCUGCUACUUUCUCCUACUCCCACAGAGGGCGAUGGGGAGAAGUCGCCCCGGCAGAGGAGGCCCUCCAGCCCCAGCUCUAACAGCUCACUGGGGGGGUACGGACGUUACACCCCAUGCCGUUCCCCCCAAAACGUCAGCCGACCAGGGCCAGAGUUAAACCUUGCUGCUAGACAUGUCAUCCAAACCCGUGACCCCAGCUCUCUUCCUCUGCCCCCGACCAUCAUGGGUGGCAUUAAGUACCCUUCCACCUGGGCCAGGGACUCCUCCUCCCUCCCUGUGUACUAUUCUGGUGGGGCUGAGGGCAGUGGAGGUGUUGGUGGUGGUGACAAGCACUCACCCACACCAGCAGGUGGCGGUACAGGCAUGUCAUUACACCUAAACCCCACGACCCUGGCCCUGCUGCAGCAGCACAACUACAUCCCUUACUUAAAAGGUAGUGAAAGUGGUCGAAGUACCCCCAGCUUAUCCACCUACUCUGAUGGCAAAUCUCCCUCCUCUACAUACGUACCCGUUCCACGGCAUUUCCACAUACCAGAGACUGUGGUCAAAGAUAAUAUCUAUAGAAAACCCCCCAUCUACAAACAGCAUGCUUCUAGAACAUCCUGGCAGGAUGGGGAGGAUGGCAAGAGGACCAGUUGGAUGAUCUUGAAGAGUGAGAUUGAUGGACAAAUGGGUCCAGAAGACCUGGACCCGCGCAAGUCCACUUGCAGUCUUCCCACUGACACCUCCCAGCCAAAUUUCCCUUACAAUAAGUCUGCGUCUUUACCAGGAUACGGAAGGAACGGCAUCUACAAGGCUGCUGAGAUGGUGGAGGAUGAAGUGGACGCAGACUCCCAGAGUUGGGGAGGCAUGAGAGAGUACAAGGUCUACCCUUAUGAAAUGCUGGCAGUGACGCAUAGAGUGAAAGUGAAGCUUCCCAGAGACGUAGAUCGCACCAGACUGGAGAGACACCUAUCUCCCCAAGACUUCCAGCAGGUUUUCGGCAUGACCCUGGAUCAGUUCGACCGCCUGGCCCUGUGGAAGAGGAACGACAUGAAGAAGAGGGCACGCCUUUUUUAGACGGACGAGAAAAGAAGAGGAAAAGAAUCAAUAAAUAAUACAAACACACCACGCAACAUCUCAACAACCGACCAUCCUGUUCCGGAAGGAGGCAGAAGCGCAAAACAACGACCCAUUUGUACUCUCUAUAUAUGCACCGCCGUGAUACCGACUUACUCUCCACCUGUAAAAUGCCAUGCCGUGUAAUCUGCCCGUGUCGCCGUGGGAGAGACGAGAACACUCUCUCGCACACACACACACACACACACACACGCGCGUGUGGCAGCAUCUAUAGCUUUUUGUAUGCGAUGUGGUCCGAAUGUUUGACUGACAAGUCCGCGGCUCGGGGGCGAGGAGCUGCGUUUGCAUGGCCUGUUGUUGAUGCUCCUCACCUCCCGUGUGGUUUCUGCAUCCACCGUCACCCCCUUCCUCCCUCCCUCCCUCCCGACUCUGAUCCACUCCACCCUGACACUUUCACAUCAGGUUGUGUGGUCCUGACUGUUUUAUGUGCGCCUUCUUCUGCCUCUGUCAGCCUCGUCGUAUUCCUUUUUAUCAUAUCGUCUUUUCUGUCCCUCCAUCAUUUUCACUUCUUCUCCCCUGCACUGAGUGACUGUUACCUUGCCGAGCAAGUCCCCCUUUCACACCCCAAUGCCGUUCAGUCCAGGACACUGAAGAGACUCACCGCUCGAGCGCGUCAAGGCCUCAAAGACGGGGGGGAUCUAGAAACAACUUUUUGUGCUGUCUUUAUUUCCAAAUCUGUCAAAACGCAUCCCAUCACGGGCUUUUGUUUUCGGUUUUCCUUCACGAUCCGUUCAGUUUCAGAAAGCCUGGAUGGGUAGUUUUGAUAUGUGCGCUCUGAACGCGGUCCCACGUCUUGCAUAAGCCUCUCAUAAAUCAGUGCAGACGGGGGAGAGCCGAGGCUGGAAAGGGGCCACAACAUGGCAGUAAAUCACACAUGGAAGGAGAGAGUUGAAAAAGGAAAUAAAAAACAACAACACUACAGUACAGACAGUUUCAGGGUAAACAAAGGUGUCAAACGUUGCAUACACACACAUAAAAGAAAUUAUUUUUAUAAGCUAUUUUUGACUUCUGGAAAGGGCCGUCACACGAGUCACGGGACGCGGAACCGAGAGACGAAAUCGUGAAAAGGCCACGUCCACUUUUGUUUCAGCUUCCUGCAGCGGCACUUGCUCGGUUUAAAACUCUCAAUACUCUAACCGCGUUGUAUCGCGUUCUCCGACGUAGGGAACCCUAACUCUUUAUAUGUUUGUCAUUUGAAAGCAGUGUUUUAAAAAAAAAAAGAAGAAAAGAAGCUACACAUCUGCUCGACCAUAAACGGAUCCGUGCGCCAACUAACAUACUGUUCAUAAUGUAUGUGAACAUGUACUGGACAUAUACCAGAUAUAUUUGUCUGUAUACAAUCCACCGCGGUGUAUAACUCUACAAGGCAUGCAUGAGGAUGAGGAAAACGGGGGCGAGGGGGAGGAGUUUGUUUGUCCACUGACCUCGUAUUAGGAAGACUGUUAUUUUUUUUUCGGUCGCGUGAAAAAAAACAAACAACGCCUGGGUCAGUUGCUUACGUUAGCUUGUGUUCCAUAUUUAUUGAAUUGCCAUUUACAAGGAAGGGAUUUUAUUUUUUAAAUCUGACGAGUGUGUAGCGCUGAACGAACUAGCAUCACCGAGGAGAGAGAGCUUUCGGGAAAGAGAAACAUAUCAAACUAAGUUUAAUUUUAAGUGAGCGUGUCAAAUCACUUAUUUUAUUUCUUUCUUUUUUUUUUUGCUCUUGUAAGUAACACACUAACUCGUUGUCAUCAAGCGUCAUGUUCUAAUAUCCGUCUGCUAUUAAAGUGCUUUAUCUAAAAAAAAAAAUCCACAGUCAGUAUGGACUGGAGUGCUUGAGUUUGUUCAUUAAAUGGAUGUCAAAAGUGAAAUGGAAUGACGCUGAUACUUUUAAGUAAAGUGUGCGAUACAUAUUU